CAGUGAACUGUGGCCAUGUUGGAGCCCCACAGCUGUGGCUUCCCAGAUGUUUAUCGGGGUCAAAUUUCUUGGUUCGGGGGCGGGACUGAAUAACGGGAAAACUCAAAAACACCCACAGACUCACUGCCAGCGGACACGCCACUUCUUGUCCUUUCAAGCUGCGAAGUAACUGACUUUAGCACACGGGACCAGCGGAGAUGACAGGAAAACCGACAUGACUUUCAGCUGUGAAUAAUCUCGCCCUUUCUGCCUGAUGCCUUUUUCAUUGGUGACAGUGACAUGGAGAUUGUUGACUCAGCUGACCAUAAUGCUGCAUCCCAAAACGAUAAUGCUCCAAAUGAAAUAGGAGCACUGGUGGAGGUCACCUUUCAGAAAAACCCCCAUCAAGAACAGAAGUACUUGGAGGCAGAGCCCAAAGCUUUAGGGCUAACCCAGAUUAUGCUGAGUCUCUUUGCCAUAAGUAUCACAAUUGUAAUUAUGCACAGUGAUGAAAUGGCCCCCAGUCUAUAUGGUACCACCUGCAGCCUCUCUACACUUGGAAUAAUAGCUGGUAGCGUGGCGAUAGCUGCACAGAAUCUUCAUCUUCCUAAACUGAAGGCCUGUUUGGUAAUGCAGAUAUUGACAUGUGCAGGGUCAGUGGUCUGCUUCAUUAUCAGUUCGGGGAUAACAGUUGAUACACGUAUAGACUCCGACUGCUGGUACCAUAACUAUGAAAAUUCAACUUUGCACCAAGAUCUCUGUGAAAAAAUUAUGGAGGCACUUUCACAUCUGGGAGGACUCGAAAUGCUAUGUCAGGCAGCUCAGGUUGCCAUCUCUGCCACCUUAGCUGCAUUCUGCUGCAAAGUGAUUCAGUGCUGCUCACCCCGGGCUAGCAUGCCCAUGAUUGUUGUGAAUGCACCCACAGCUCCUCACUGAAGGUUAUUCAUUUAACAAACCAUCUAGUUCUUAUACGGAGUUCAUCUAAAUCUAACCCAUACAUAACUGCAAAUAUACUGUUGAUUGUACACAUAUGCACAUUUAAAAAUAUGUAGUAAAUGUUUAAAAUUAAACAAUAAUAUAAUAUUAAUUGAAAUUUCUGGUGUGUGUUUAAUCAGUUAUUGAUUGUAGCAUUUUUACUCAUGAAUAACAGCAGUUGUUAAAAAAUGUAUUUGUGUAUGUAUUAAGGUAUAUAUACAGCAGCCUGGGUUGCAGUUUAAUGGAGCCAAAAUUCACUAAUGUGAAAAAUAUGCACUACAGCAUUGUUUAGGAAAAAAACAAAAACACUUGGCAUUUCCAGUUAAGUGAGAUUUGGCUAUUUUGCUUAAAAUAGAAUAGAACUUAAAAGGAGCUCCAUUCAGUUCCAACAAUAUAUGCAAAUAAAUGUGUUGUGUUAACAAGUGAGUAUUAACAAGUGCCAUCAAAGGAUCUAAAUUAUAAGGUGCAACUAGUCUUUAUUGGAUCUUUCAAGCUAAAGAAAAACAGCUUCACAUUACAGCCUAGAAUCUACUAGACCACUGUGAUCCAGACAGAAUACAAAUAAAAUAUAUGUACAGAUUAUACAGAAAAAACAUGAAAAACGUUUAAUAACACAACCGAUUUAAGGAGUCUCUGAGUUGUUGUUUAAUUUUUGUGUUUCACUUGUCACUAAUGCACUGCUAGCCUUUUUGUCCAGCAAAAGUGUAUUCAAUUGGAAAUUGCUUGUCUCUGUAAGCAAUUGUGGGUAAAUUUUAAUAAUUGACAUAUAUUUUUGCAAUAAUUGUAAUGUGUUUUAUGGUUGUGUGUCGUGUUUUUUUUUUUUAUUAUUCAUGUCAUUACAUUGACUUUUUACUGACCUUCUGUGACUUUUUUUUUACUGUUUUAAAUGUUUUUAUUGCAUUUUUAAAAUUCCAUUGGGACAAGCACAGAAGCAGCAUAUAUGCAAUAUGCUGCAGUUUUACAGUGUUGUAAUGAGAUAUUAUGCAUAUCAUAAAUUUGUCAAUGCUUUUUCACAUGAAGUGGGGUCUAAAGGUCUAAGGCCAAUUUAAACCUGCAGAUAAACAAGUGAAAGUUUUAGAACUUUGAAUGGUUUAAAGCAAAGAAAAAGUGACAAUUAAAAUGAAUGUGACAGCCACCAUGUUCAGGCAUUUGUAUUUUUUUUUACUCUUGCUUCUUCAAUUAAAGUUUGCGUUUAGACUAC